CGCCGCUCUGGACCACCAGCCUUCAAGGAACAGGACAAGAACCCCUCCCACACUACCAAGCAAAAUGACCCGUAUCUUAGCUACUUCGCUGUUGCUCGCAGCCUCGUGCGCCGCAGCCGUCACUGCCAAGACCAACAGCACCCAAGAGGGAUGCAAGAAGAUCCUCCUUGAGGACUUUGAAUCUCUUGGUGCAUGGUACGAUGGCGUCGCCAAGAUCAACGACAAUGGCUGCACGCCUCAGAAGCGCGAUGCCACCAUUGCCAUUAUUGGUGGUGGCGUCUCUGGUCUUGCGACCGCGCUGAUGCUCGACAGCGUCGGCGUCCACAACUGGGAGAUCCUUGAAGCCUCUGAGCGAAUCGGUGGCCGAUUCCGUACCGUCUUUGUUGGCAACACCCAAGAGUACGCUGAAAUGGGACCCAUGCGCCUGCCAUACAGCAUGACUUACAAGAGCGACAACUCUACCCACGAGUACACGGAUCACCGCAUGACCUUCCAAUUGGCUGAUUGGCUCAAUGAGCUCAACCACCACGAAGAGAAGUGGAAGGUCGAAUUCAUUCCUUGGAUUCAGCACCACGACAACGAGCUUCUCGCUCGCGGCACUGGCCGUCACCCCGAUGGCCGCAUCCCAACCCGUGCCGAUAUCGCCAAGAACCCCAAGCUUGGCAAGCCUGCUCCCAUGGACACUGAGGAGUACAAGCACACCAAGGCUCUGAUGAACGACAUUCUCAAGAACGAGACUACCAUCCGUUCCAUUCAGAAGGACGUCUGGCGCGCACACAAGGCUGCCAUGGACCUCGACUACGACAGCUGGAGCCAACAGUCCUUGAUGCGCAACCAGUUCAAGGCUAGCGAGAACGUUACCGAUGCUAUCUGGACCUCUACCGACUACGAUGUCCUCUGGGACGAAAUGACACACAACUCCAACUUGGCCCAGGAUGGUGGUGCUGGCACCCUCGGCGAGACGGAAUGGAAGUGCGUUGACGGUGGUUUCAACCGAUUGACUGAUGCUUUCAUGCCCCACGUCCAGUCCAAGCUCAACCUCCACACAAAGGUCACCAAGCUUGAGCCGAUUGACAAUGAUGGCCGCGUUCGCAUUACCUCCAAGUCCACCAAGGACAAGAAGGCUGCUCCCACCACCAAGGACUACGACUACGCCAUCAUGGCUGUGCCAUUCCCCAUGACCCGAUUCAUGGACCUCCCUGAAUACUCCUCUGUCCUUGGUCGCGCCAUUAGCGAGGCUGGCCUGCGCUUCAAGUCUGCCUGCAAGGUCGCUCUUCUCUUCCAGGAGCGAUUCUGGGAGAAGGGUGAGCGCCCCAUCUUUGGCGGCAAGUCGGAGCCCGUUAGCAACGCUGUCGGUGCGCUGUACUACCCCGUCUACGGCUUGAACGAGUCUCGCCCCGGACUCAUCACCCACUACCGUGGUGGUGACUGGAGCGACCGCAUGGUUAGCAUGAGCGACGACCAGCACGCCGACAUGGUCCUCGAGUCUAUCGUCAGCUUGCACGGCGAGGUUGCCCGCGAGCAGUACACCGGAAACUAUACUCGUCUCUGCUGGUUGCAGGACGAGUUCACCUCCACUGCCUGGUGCCGACCUGACAUCGAGCAGCACAGCCUCUACAUCCCCUCGUACCACAAGACCGAGCACAAGACUAUCUUCAUCGGUGAGCACACUGCGCCCACGCACGCUUGGAUCAGCUCGUCGCUGCACUCUUCUGCUCGUGGUUCUAUUCAGCUUCUCUUGGAGCUUGGUCUUACCGAAGAGGCAAAGGCUAUUAAUGAGCAAUGGAUGGGUCGCUGGAUCCAGAAAUAAGUUUAGAGCACAGGCCGCUGGGCUGUGAAAGUGUAGAAAAGUGUAUUUAAUUCAAUUUUUACGUACAUCUCACC